GGUAAUAGUUUUCCUUGAUGUGACAGGCUCCAUUCAUUUUGAGAAAAUGUCUGCUAAAUGCCUAAGUAUGAAUAAGCAUACUUUGUAUAUUUUGUCAAGUAUAGUGGUUUAGCUAUAACACUGUUGCACAAGUAUUUUUUCUCAAGACAACCAUUCUAUUUCAGUUUCACCAGAAGUGCUUUAAGCAUACGUCCCAUUUUGUCACACAGAAUAUUAAAAGAAUGUGUACACAAGGGUCAAGAUUUAAUAAAGUCAACCAAUUUUACUGCUGCAUAUCACAGAGAUUCCCCAUGAAACAGUACACUGGUUAUGGCAAAGGAAUGCAGUCACCAACCUGCAUUCACCUGAGCUGUUACAUCACUAAGACCCCCAGUUCCCUAGGUGUGGAGAGGAGUGGGAAAGGAAAUAUGACUUGACUGGUCCUCCAAUACCCAUUCCCUUUGGCUUCUCAGGGUACACUGGAGUGAUCUUUGUGGCUUAGGAACCAGCGUCAGUCAUGAAAGAAGAGUCACAGAGCCUGGCUAUGGAACACUGUUAAAUUUUGGAGCCCUGGGAGAAAGCCCUCUCUCUUCUGUUUGGAGCAGGUAGCUCCUCCCAUGAGAGCUUUUGGUUAUGUAUCACCAUUAUCAGAUGUUAUAGGAGAUUUCAGAGGGCUUCAGUCACUUGUACCUACUUCAAAGACUUUCUUAACCAGUGCAGUUCAAAACUGCUUAAAAUGCUUAAUACUUCCAAAUCAUAAACAACUUUAUUAUAAACUUUAAACAACAGACACAAAACAAUGUAUUUACCUCAUCCCACCUUCCAAAAAAUGCACUUUUAUAACCAGUUGAACUUACUUGGAAAUUCAAGCUACUAUUUAUUUUUUGCCAACCACAGUUCAAGCCAUUACUUCAUAAUACUUUAUUUAUAUUAUCAACCCUACUAAUGAUUUUCAAAAUCAUUGCUGGUGGUAAAAGUUUCUUUUCAUAAACACACCAGCCCUGCAAGAGACUUUCCAGCCAUGGCUGGGAUAUUGAGCUAUUACGCUAUUGAUAACAACGAUCUCCAGUGAUUAUUACUCCAAUAUUGUAAGAAAAUAUAUAGACAGAAGUUGAGAAAUCCUUAUUUGUGGGGGAAAAAAUCAAAUACUUGAUUACUUAGCACUCCAGAUUUUAGUAAAGCAUGACCUGGAGGCGCACACAUACAAGCAGUGCACUUUUCUGCCGGCGCUUCUACUCUGUGGUGAUCCGAAAUGUGACACUGCCCAUCCGGAGUGGUGUGGUUUGUUUGCGGGGUAGGAGCCAGUUUCCAGACUGUUCAUAUACUUAGCCCUGUACACACAAGCCUGUUUUAUUACUUUGUUUGAAGGUUGGGUGUGUCUAAUGUAGUGGAAAUUCAUCCAUUCAAUGUUAAGUACAGACGAAACACAUUUCAAAGCUGCAUAUAAAAGUCUCUUUAAUUAUCCAGUUUUUUAGAUCAUUCGUAUGACUGCUUUCCUCCUUUCAUGUGAAUUGCUGAGAAUUUAUUAUCCUUUCCAGUUCAUUAAAUCACUAAAAUUUUCUACUGGUGCUAUAAAUAAAUAGGCCAGACCACGAAUUGAGACUAGUUUAUAAAAGCAGCUUUGUCCUGAUAGCUGAGUCUUGCUUCUGGUUAGCUCACACUUCUCUGAAUAUGUGAUAUCUGUAUUACAUUACAUUUUAGACUUCUGAUGAAGGAAAGUCUUGCUUUAAGCACAUGUGGGGACUUGCUUUAAGUUGAGCUUUAGUAUUUUCUGUUGGCCCAGCUGCAAGAUGACUGCAAUUUUAUAAAACCACAUUUGUGCUUAGACAUGUUCAGGAGAGCCUCAGGACACUAUUAAUAGAUGUCUAGUUUCUUUACCACUGUACCUCCUAUAAACCUUACAUCUCAGUCUGAAACAGCAUAGACCUCAGUUUCAGACCAUUUUAGCCCAGGAUCAUUUGCACUCCACAAAUGCAGUCUAGAGUUCUGGAUGGACUUGGACUUGAUCCUUCCAGUUACAUAAUUGUUACCUAUUGAAAGUCAGUUGUGGGUGUGGUGGUGUUGGCUCUUUGGAGAUAGGGAGAUGCAGCCUUUGGAGAACCCAGCCUACCAGACAACAUAAAGCAGGAUGGAAUAAGAGAACAUGCUGCAUGGAGUCUGAACGUGCUGGGAAGCCCUCCUUGCUGAAGUGUCUUUGCACUGCAUUGUGAAGGCUGGAUAGGCUUCUGAUAGGCAGGGUUGUAGGAAAGAAAGGAAGGUGAGAAUGGCAGGAAGCAACGGGCUCAUUCACAGUGGGAAUAGUCUUGUUUGCAAGGUGAGUGAAUGGAGCCGAUGAGUCAAAGAACUCCGGUCAAGUUACAGACCCAAAAUGCAUUACAAACCAUGUGGCUUCCUUGCACUGUGAAAGGUGAGACAGAAUUUCUUCUCAUCUUCCUGGAUAGGAGCCUGAUCUACAGUCCUGUUAGGCUGAUAGAAGGAGAGUACUAACAGUUGAGUCACCUCUUAUUAAAGGUUUAUUUUGACUUGAAUGUUUUUAAUCUGCUCGUUAUAGCUAAGGUACACAGUAAAUACUAUCUGCAUGUUAUGUGAUACAGAGAUUGGAGAAACCCAAAUUUAAGGACAUAUUUCCAUGAAUAAUCUUGACUUUCUAAGAGAGACUUAUUUGAGCAUUAUUUUUUUAAGCAGUUAAAUUAUUUUAUUCUAUACCUCUAGGCAGUUCAAGUACUGACCUACUUAUAUGGUAGCUGUUAAUUAAAAAGAAAAAAGGAUUUGCUGAACAUUAUUAGAAUUGAAUUUUUGUUUGAAAUACCUUAUUUUCUUCAUUCAGAAACAGUGGAGCUAAGUAUAGAACCCCCUCAACUCUGAUUCCAGCUACAACAGCAUGAAAGAUGAAAGCAAGAAGGGAGUACUUUAUCAGUGCCAAAUAAUUACUUUCUACAGCAAAUGGAGGCAAUCUCUGACUGUUCCUGAUAUUGAUAUAGAGACAGUAAAGAACAGGUCCAAGAAAAGCUCAAAGAAAGCAAAUACCAGCAGCAGCGGCAACAGCGGCAAGUUGCCCCCAGUUUGUUACGAAAUAAUCACCUUGAAGACUAAAAAGAAGAAGAAGAUGGCUGCUGACAUAUUCCCUCGGAAAAAGCCAGCCACCCCGGGCAGCACCGCUGUCCAUCAGUACCACCAGCAGAACCUCAGUAACAACAAUCUUCUCCCGGCCCCCAACUGGCAGGGUCUUUAUCCUACCAUCCGGGAAAGAAAUGCGGUGAUGUUCAAUAAUGACUUGAUGGCAGAUGUACAUUUUGUGGUCGGGCCACCAGGUGGGACUCAGCGGUUGCCAGGACACAAAUAUGUUUUAGCUGUUGGAAGCUCUGUAUUCCAUGCAAUGUUUUACGGAGAACUUGCUGAGGACAAAGAUGAAAUCCGUAUACCAGAUGUCGAGCCUGCUGCUUUUCUCGCUAUGCUGAAAUAUAUCUACUGUGAUGAGAUUGACUUGGCUGCUGACACAGUGUUGGCCACUCUUUAUGCUGCCAAAAAGUAUAUCGUCCCUCACCUCGCCAGAGCCUGUGUGAAUUUCCUGGAGACCAGCCUGAGUGCCAAGAAUGCCUGUGUGCUCCUCUCCCAGAGCUGCCUGUUUGAGGAGCCAGACCUGACCCAGAGAUGCUGGGAGGUGAUCGAUGCCCAGGCCGAGUUAGCCCUCAAGUCUGAGGGAUUCUGUGAUAUUGACUUCCAGACACUAGAAAGUAUCCUCUGCAGGGAAACUCUGAAUGCCAAAGAAAUUGUGGUUUUUGAGGCAGCUCUCAACUGGGCUGAAGUAGAAUGCCAACGGCAAGACCUAGCUCUGAGCAUUGAAAAUAAGCGCAAGGUCCUUGGGAAGGCGCUUUACUUGAUCCGCAUACCUACAAUGGCCCUGGAUGAUUUUGCAAAUGGUGCUGCACAGUCUGGAGUUUUGACUCUCAAUGAGACCAACGACAUCUUCCUCUGGUACACUGCAGCCAAAAAGCCCGAGCUGCAGUUUGUGAGUAAAGCCCGCAAGGGCCUUGUCCCCCAGCGCUGUCACCGUUUCCAGUCAUGUGCCUAUCGGAGCAACCAGUGGCGCUAUCGGGGCCGUUGUGACAGCAUCCAGUUUGCAGUUGAUAAGAGAGUGUUCAUAGCUGGUUUUGGGCUAUAUGGCUCCAGCUGUGGCUCUGCAGAGUAUAGCGCCAAGAUCGAACUCAAGCGGCAGGGCGUUGUCCUGGGGCAGAACUUGAGCAAGUACUUCUCCGAUGGCUCCAGCAGCACCUUCCCUGUGUGGUUUGAGUACCCAGUGCAGAUCGAGCCAGACACCUUCUACACAGCAAGCGUGAUACUGGAUGGCAAUGAACUCAGCUACUUUGGACAGGAAGGCAUGACGGAAGUUCAGUGUGGCAAAGUGACUGUCCAGUUUCAGUGUUCCUCAGACAGCACCAAUGGCACUGGGGUGCAGGGAGGGCAGAUCCCCGAACUCAUAUUCUAUGCCUAAAAAUGCUGCCCGAGGCAGUGUGAGCUCUGAGUGUACAUCUGUUUCCUACUUGCUUGAUGCUUAGCUCAUCUGCAGAUAUGUGAUCAGUGCAGAUAAUUUGUUAUGAAUGAAACUAUAAGCAGUUUCUCAUUUUUUUCAAGCUUUUAAUUAUGUACAGGCAGAAAUGCAGCAUUUAGCUUUUAACUAUAUGCUUAAAAGAGCCAAGUUCUUAUUCAGGCUUUGUGGUUUUAGAGCCACAUCUAUACACCUGGGGAGAACUUGUGCCCUUUUCCAGCUGCCCCAGCCACCUCCCAGUUUUGUCCCUCUUAAGAAGAUUUUUGGAUCACCUUGAAUUCCCUUUAGGGCUUUAUUUUGACAAAUAGAAAUAAAUAGUCUAAAAUAAUGACAAGAGUUAUUUUUAAACAGAACCCCCUCUACCCCCCCAGAAAAAAAGUAACAUAAACCUCAGUGUACAAUUUUGAAAGAAACUUUGCUUUGUAAUAAGUAAUAAUUUAGAAGGUAAACAGUCAUGUUGGGUUCUUAUUUUAUUUCCUUUUAAAUAUUUUAUUUCUGGGCAUUGCUUUUUCUUAAGUCCUAAAUUCCUAAGAUUGUUAAAUAUUAAACACUGCAAAGUGUCAAUGUAAUACAGGAAAGUAGGAAAUUGGGUGUUUGUUUAGGCCAUAAAUUCUACUACAAGCAGAUUUGUAUUUUAGUUUAGAAGACAAAAUAUUACAGUAUACACACAUCUCUUAGAAGGAGCUAAAUUAUAAAAUCUUUUCAUUAGAAAAAAGUUGUAGGCCUACUUAAGCUAAAACAGUCUAAAAAGGAAACCUAAAGAAGUCCUGCAGUACAGUUAAUUGAUGCCACAGUAGAACACAGUUUGAGAAACUCAAACUCUUUUCUUCCCCACUUAGCUUCUGAUCUCCACCAUUUGCUUGUUUUCAAAAGUUGUACUGUAGAGAAUUCCUAUUCCCUUUUUCCCAUGAAAACAGGACCAAACAAUUCUCUAGAUAAAUGGAAUAAUAAUUAGUUUUGUAGCACUACACUUUAAUGUAAAAAGAUGCUUUUAUUCACUGAUUUUCUUUUUUUAAUCUGAAAUAUACUCUACUGAUCUACUUGGACCACAUACUAUCUUAGUUAAUUAUGUCUGUUCCUAGACUGCUAGAAUCUGGCCUCUGGCCAUCUUAAGUGCCAAUAUAUGCCUGUGGGGUUUUUAAACAUGGUCUGGAGCAAUACACUUGAUGAUACGUAGUAUUCUCUGCAUCAGCACCACAUCCAGCUCUUACUUGUCCAUGGAUAACGUCAGAGGGAAAAGCUCACCCAAGAAGUCUCCUUCCGUGAUGGCUUGUGAGGUCAGUGCCCUGAUCCUGGUGAUGUCCAACAUGUUCACUUCCAGCUGAAGUAUCCAUGUGUUUCCGGGCAGCUCUUCUGCUCAGUCUGAUCCUGAGAUGGCUCCCUGCCACCCAGAGUGUGGCCCUCGGCCGCCUCCUUCUCCUGCUCUGCAAGCCCUGAGGCAGGCUUGCCUGGAGCCAGGGGUUAGUCCUGGGGUGGCUAUGUAUGGGUGGGUGACCUGCCCGUGCAAGUGCAUUUGCCAACUCAGAAAUUGUCUCCUCCCUGCCCGGCCGCACAAGGUGGGACAGAAGCAGUCCCCCUGCUGGCCCCAGCAAGGCCCCAAUAAGUGACUGCCUUGACUUCCUGUGCUUCUGGGUCACUUCUUCCCCUGUAGAAUGGGCUCAUUGCUUUUGGCGGGCUUCUCUGAUGGAGGAGAACACUGGAUGAUGGAAAUGUUCUAAUCAGCCUUGCCAUUACUUAGCGUCUGUUAGCAUAGAUGACCAGAAGCUGUUAUCGUGAUUAUAUAUAGAUGAGCACUCACAGAACAACUUUUCAAAAUUAUCUAACAAUUAUUUCUUACUAGGGAGAUGACAGUCGUUUUGGCAAAGCAUCUAUGAAAUUAAGGUACAUUUCCAAUUUAAAAAAUAAUUCUACAAAGGAUUUUGUUUUUUUAAAAGUAUGCUUAAACAUUUCAGUAACUUGUAGCUACUGUGCACGUUGGUAGACUCUCCACAUGAUUAGGAGGCACUCAUUUUUAAGCCAGAGGAGAAGAAACUUAAUUUAGCACUGAUUUCAUCAUAUCAGUUUGUUGAUGUGGGUAUGAUAACCUUAGAGUGAAGAUUUCAUUCAGUACCACUCACGUCCCGUGCUCCUGUUAGCUGCCCUCCAUGUGGAGGGAGCCACGGGGUGAAAGUCAGGCCAUAUGAGAUCCUGUGCACUGGGUGUAGAUGAGCCUAAUUUUAUGUUAGUUACUAUUACUCCAAAAAAAGACACAUCCACUAUCUGAUGGACUGGUGCCAAGAGCUGUAAGUUAAAUUUGAAAAUUGUAUUUAGAAUAAGAAAUUGUAUUUUUAAAAUCCCAUUCUCCCUUCUACAUUUUCAACAACAUGGAAGGAAGGCUAAUGUGCUUGCUUUAUUAUAUUUUAUAAUCUCAAAUUUUGUAGCUUUUAAACCUAGCAACCAUUGUUCUGACAAGGCAGGCAAGGUUAGUGUCUAAACACAACUUUAUUAAACAGAAUACUCUGUAGAUGCUUCUCCCAGUGUCUCUGGCAGUCUUUGUCAUUGUUCUUCCCGGGGAUAAAGGAUAACUAGGCUAGCAGUUCUAAUGUAAUAUUCUUUAAGCAUAUCUUAAUAUAGUAUUUAAGUAAAUGAUCUAAUUUCUACAUAAUUAUUGCACUGAACUGUCUUUUUUGUUUUUUAAGGUGUUUAAAUAAGCUCAGCUAAUUCAAGACACUAGCCACAUGUGCAUCAUAGUGCUUGAAUUUAGCAGCUUACAGCAUUAUUUAUGAAGGAAAAAAAUAUAAAUAUGAAGUACCUCAUGUUGAAUGUUAUUGUACUGUAUUUUUAAUGUAACAGUGCAGAUCAUGUUAGACACAUGAAUGUGUAUAAUCAUGUUAAAUGCAAAUAAAAAUAAAACUGGUUCAUAGA